CGCGAGACUGUAUUGCCGUUCCAUCCCCAGAACUGGGUCUGUAUCAUUCCUCUGACGUGCUGUGGGGGUGUCCCUGGGGAUUCCUUUCCUAGCGGUUACAUUGCUUUGCUUUUCUUGAAGGACAUUCCUGGGUUUUAUUGUUGCGGGUUGCAGGUUUAGAAAGAAUCGGGGAAGAUGUAAUAAGUCAGUUAUCAAAGUGUCACAAUAUCAAACUGUUUUACACCGCGCGUGGUGCUUAGACCGGGAUUUUUUGGUUUUGGUUUUGGUUUUUGUUUUUGUUUGUUGAAGUGCCAACAACACAACAUGUAGAAGUGGAAACACAGGAAGAACAGCCGUCCUGGUAUUUCUUACCGUUAAGUUACUUGUGUUAAAUCUGCAAGUAUUUCAACAUCUUAUUCGUGUGAAUCAUGAAUCGGUGGCAGGGCUUUACAGCAAAUUAAACUUCACAAUACAGCUCGGACAUUAAAGUUGCUCCACUUCCUGUUUGCUUCAGUUUGAAAGCUGAAACAAAGACGGUGAAAAGCUGAAAGUCAAGUGGAAAUGAAGAUGAGAUUCCUAGGGAUGGUGUGUCUCUUUGUCUGGAGUUUGCUGCUGGCUGUUUCCGCACAGACAGAUGGCCAGACUGUCGUUGUCUCUGAUCAGCCUGUCUUUGCUGAUCCUGGAGAAGAUGUCACCUUGCCCUGUCACAUUUCACCCAGGGUCAAUGCUGUGGACAUGGAGGUGACGUGGUUCAGGGAUAAAUUAAAAAGCCCAGUCCAUUUAUAUCAAAACCAAAUACAUCAAACAGAUAAGCAGGACCUAUCCUACCGGGGUCGCACUGCUCUCUCGGCACUGCAGACUGGAGAUCUCUCUCUGAAACUGCGGGAUCUCAGACUCUCCGAUAGUGGUGUCUACACCUGUGCAGCUGAUGAUGGCAAAUGGUAUGAAGAAGGAAAAAUUGAACUGAUAGUCAUAGUUCUGGGGACCCAGCCCUCAAUCUCCAUGGACUCUACACAAGAAGGUCAGGCCAGGAUAGCGUGCACAUCAGAGGACUGGUACCCUGAACCUGCGGUGCUCUGGAGUGACAGGGAUGGAAACGACGUGACGUCACUGUCCAGCACAAGAGUGUUCAAGGACAGUCAGGGGUUUGUCAGCAUCAGGAGCUACAUCCCAGUCAAACAGCAGUCCAACGUGUUUGCUUGUCUGCUUAGAAGUAAAACACCAAAAUCAGUCCGGGAAUCCAAACUCCACAUAUCCAAGGACUUUUUCCCAGGAGUCUCUGGAUGGCAGGUGGCUUUCUCCUUGACUUUAGCUCUCAGUAUUGCAGCCAUUCUUCCACUGGUGCUCCAAUGGAUAAGAAUGGACAGAAAGGAGAAGCAGCUUGCAGUUAAUGCUGUUGUGCAUCUUCGUAAGGAACUUGAGUCUGUGAAGAGAGAGGUUCUUAAAUCAGAAUGGAGGUGGAUCUGCAGCUCAGCAGUUGAUGUGACUCUGGAUCCUCGUACAGCGCAUCCCAAACUCUUACUGUCUGAGGAUUGGAAAAGAAUGAGACGGGGAGAGACUUGGCAGGAAGUCCCUGAAAAUCCAGAGAGAUUUGAUUCCAUGCACUGUGUGCUGGGUAGGGAGGGCUUCACCUCAGGGAGACACUACUGGCAGCUGCAUGUGGGGGGCAAUACACAGUGGAAAUUAGGAGUCUGCAGAGAGUCUGCCAAGAGGAAGGGGGACUUUAACAUGGCUCCCCAGGAGGGUUACUGGAUUGUGGAGUGGAUGGAGAGUGGAUGUAAAUUUGCUGCUCUCACCGAGACCACCAAGACUCCCCUCUCCCUGAGCCUGAAGCCCCAGAAGCUGGGGGUGUAUCUGGAUUAUGAGGAAGGACGGCUCUCCUUUUACAAUGUAGACACCAGAUCUCACAUCUACACUUUCACUGACAUGGAGUUCAAUCCCAAUGAGAAACUCUAUCCACUCUUCUGGACUGGAGACAAGAAAACAGACCUUGUACUAAAGUCCCCUUUCUGGACUUCUCCAGCAACAGUUGAUGUGACUCUGGACCCUGAUACAGCACACCCCAAGCUCAUCCUGUCUCACGAUGGGAAACAAGUGAGAUCUAGAGAGAUACUGCAAGAUCUCCCUGACAGUUCACAGAGAUUUGAUUACUGGCGCUGUGUGCUGGGCAGGGAGGGCUUCACCUCAGGGAGACACUACUGGCAGGUACAGGUGGGGAGGAAUACAGUGUGGAGAUUAGGAGUCUGCAGAGAGUCUGCCAAGAGGAAGGGGAAGAUCAGCAUGAGCCCCCAGCAGGGUUACUGGACUAUGUGCUGGGAUAAAUAUGAAGUUGUGUUUACAGCUGUCACUGACCCUGAGACACCUCUCCCCCUGAGUGUGAAGCCCUGGACACUGGGGGUGUAUCUGGAUUAUGAGGAAGGGCAGCUCUCCUUUUACAAUGUGGAGACCAGAUUUCACAUCUACACUUUCACUGCCAUGGAGUUCAGUCCCAGUGAGAAACUCUAUCCACUCUUCCAUACUGAGGACAGCAAGACAGACCUUGUUCUGGAGUCUUCUUUCAGAACUUUCCCUCCCCCUGAAGCGAGUGUUGUGGAUGUGACUCUGGAUCCUGAUACAGCACACCCCCUGCUCAUCCUGUCUCCGGAUGGGAAAAAAAUGAGACCGAGAGAGACAAGGCAGCAUCUCCCUGACAAUCCAGAGAGAUUUAAUCGCUGGCUAUGUGUGCUGGGCAGUGAGGGCUUCACCUCAGGGAGCCGUUACUGGCAGGUGCAGGUGGGGGGGAAUACACAGUGGAUAUUAGGAGCCUGCAGAGCGUCUGCCCAGAGGAAGGGGGAGUUCAGCAUGAGCCCUCAGCAGGGUUACUGGACUGUGGAGUGGAAGAGUGGAGAUGAAAAUGAAUUCACUGCUCUCACUGACCCCCGGACCCACCUCUCCAAGAGUCUGAAGCCCCAGAAGCUGGGGGUGUAUCUGGAUUAUGAGAAAAGGCGGCUUUCCUUUUACAAUGUGGAGACCAGAUCUCGCAUCUACACUUUCACUGGCAUGGAGUUCAAUCCCAAUGAGAAACUCUAUCCACUCUUCUGGACUGGGGACAGAAAUAUAAACCUUGUGCUGGAGUCCUCCUUCAGCACUCCUUCCUCUGAAGUGCCAGGUGAUGUGUCUCUGGACCCUGAUACAACACUCCAAGAUCACUCUGUCUUAAUGAGCCCUCGACCUUCCUCCCCCUGAGGGCAGACACUCUGUCAACCAGUGGACAUCCUUCUGCAGCCAGGGGGCCAAUGACACCCCUCCCCCAGGUCAUACGUUUGUACCUUUUAAUUGGGCUUUGUUUUUAAAAGGUACUGUAUAUUUAAACUGGGCAUCAAAUAAUAUCACAUUCAUAUAUGCUAGAGGUAAAAUAUAUCUCUCAUCCAUAACAUAGUUUGCUUGAUAUGUCUCCAUUUUAAUGUCUCCACUUUGGAGUUAUAUAUAUAGUGUGUGUGCGCGCAUGUAUGUAUGUAUGUAUGUAUGUAUGUAUGUAUGUAUGUAUAUAUGUUACUGCACAUGGGAAAGUGUUUCUCUCUCUGGCACAGUAUCUCUCCAAGUGUGAAGACCACUACUUAAACUGUACCCUGAAAUCAGUUGAAUUUAGAAUUGCAACUUAGUUGAAUAAUUAUGACUCUUACAUCAGACAAAGCCAUGCAAGAUCAACAUACUGUAAAUACAGUAUGAGUAUUGAGUUUUGUUAAAAAAUGCUACUGGAUAUUCCAAAUUGGGGAGAAAAUGGGGUAAAAAUAAUGAAAAAAAAAUGCUAUAAUACGGCCCACUGUGCAUCCUGCACUUAACAGGAGCAAGGGAAUACAAAGGGACACCAGGGCAAUACGUCUGUAGCUAGGACUACUUGUGUGUAUGAUUAGUUUUAAUCCGAUUAACCACUUCAACUCCCAGAUGAAAAAGUGAAACCCCUUCUCGGGUACCAGAUUUUGAAAUAAUAAUAAUAAUGUUUUCAAACCUGGAGUUGCUAUAAAAUGUUAACAUAUGAAGAAUAAUCCACAAACAAAUGACCUAAACUGUGUUUUUAUUUAACCCUUUACACCACCUUGGGUUCCAAAAUUGUUUUUUGAGUUAUGUUAAAAAAUGCUAUGAUGGGGUCCCGAGUGGCACUGCAUCCAGCCGAGGAGCUUCAGCGGAAGUGCAGGGUGCUAUAGCCCUAGAGACUGGACAUCGCCGCUGGUUCCAUUUCAAACCAAACCCCUUCCAGUUUGCAGCUGGCUUACCUGUAAAGUAACAGAGUGCUCUUUUGUUUGUGAAAGUCACAAAGGGAAGUGAUUUGUUUUCCAGGAACAAAACCCUAAAAAGCACUCGAAUGGAGAUCGCACUCUCUCUAGUUCCACGGCGGGGUGCACAUCUGUGUAAAGAGCUGCAAGAUGAAAUGAUGGAGGACUGGCAUCGUGGUAGAGAUCAGUAAUAAACACCCAGGCCCCUGCUGUUCUUGCCUCCCGAUCCUCUUCAUCAAAAUCACUGAGUGGCAUCACUGUUAGUGGUAUCGAAAUCCACAGAACCAGGUUCAGAAUCGCCAUCGCUCCCUUUGCCACUCUCCGCGUGCGUCGACAUGUUUAGCUUUUGCUAAAAGCAAAUUAACUACAACUAAAACUAAUAAUAUGAAACUCUAUAUAUGGAUAUGGAUUCUUGCAAUAUGUCCGAAUGUCACCUGACAUUUCUGCACUUUCAACAGCACCAGAACUGCCUGGGUGAAACCUGAAACGCUCGACUGAGAAACCGCUCGUAAAAUAGUUUUGGGGAAACUUGAUGUACCCACAUAUGGCAUGGUACUGGGCAUGGUACUGGAGGUGGGUUUGCGUACGUCGUGGCGUUGAAGUGGUUAGUAACUUAAUUUUUUUCAGUACAUUCAGUGCACACUAUUUGCUGGCAAUGCACAAUAUGAACAUUAAAAACCAAACAAGUACAAUACAGCCAGCCUACAUGUUUUGUAAUGACAAAAGUUUGUGUUAAACAAACAAAAAAAAAGAUUGUACGUAUUCUCUAGCGAGGGGUUUUACACAUUUGCUUCAGUUUCUUGUUCUUCUGCCACUUCGUUCAGUGCUCAGAUGUUCAAACCCGGUGGAGCUGAAGCAGACGCGCAUAGCAGCAGACCCUUGAUGGAUUGCGUGGCCAGCGUUAUGCAUUUAUCCAGUUAAACGCGUUGCACCGACUUUGGGACCACGCAGCUUCGUGCAAUUAAGCAAAUUAUCCAUUUAGUUGAUUUAUAUUUAACUGAAAUGUAUAAUCAUAGAAAAUGAUGCAUUAUAAAGAGGGGCCAGUUGCAUGUUAUAUAAUUCAAACUGUAUUUUUCAUAUUGCACCACAAAGCGCUUUACAAUGACAAAAACAAUACAUAUUACUAAACAACAGCAUUACAAAAGAACAGAAUAAAAACAAAAACGAAUGCGUGAGCUGUAUGAUAAAAAUGUGGGGGGACAGGUUUGGUUUCUUCUCACCCAAACUAAGCUGUAAUAAUAAUAACAGCCAAAGAUGUUAUAAUAGUAGAAAACACUAGUGGAGCCCUUUGAGUAAAUUGUUGAUGCUCACAACUGCCAUAUCUAUUAUAACUCCUGAAUACUCGCUAAGACUUUUGCACAGCAGUGUCUACAAGAUGGUUUUUAGUUUCAUCAUGAAUUCCUAUUAUUUUAUCAUGCUGAAGUACAGAAUUAGUUAAUCUGAAAUUCAUUGUGAAUUAUGGACAAUUAUUUGAAUGUGUUACCCACAAAUAGUGACAAAAUGCAAUCCAAAAAUAAAAAUAAAAAUGAAAUAUGUUCUGGGGAAUUCAACAGGAUAUUACUGUUAAUAUAUAACCCGAAUUAUUAAACACAUUAGUAAUCUGUGAGAUUGUUUGUUUGUUUAUUGAAGCUACCUAAUAAAUUACUGUUACUUUGCUCACUGCUGGGGGUUUGUUUGUUUUUUUCUGUAAAAAAUGUGAAUAAAAAAAAAAAAAAAAGUCCUGGGACCCCUGAUCAGUUUUUACCGUUCCUGACGAUAUACGACAAUACACCAAACCAGAGCAGCUGU